CCGACGUCGACGCACGCAUUUCGUUCUGCGACGGGCGCUCCAACUCGUUUUUUCGCGCGCUUCUCGGUAAAUGCGCAACAAAAAAAAACAAGAAACAACAAGAAAUUCAAAUCAAAUCUAAAACGCAUGAGGAAUACAACAGGCCAAGUGUAUUCAAUUCAGUUUAUUAAUAGAUUUGCACAGCCAUAUAGAGCACAUUAAAAAAAUUAAAAUAUAAAUAUAAAAAGUGAGAAAAAAGAGAGCUACAUAAGUAGAAUUGAUAAGAAGAAUUCAUUGCUGAUUAGCGGUAAACUGUUUGAAAGAAUUUGCGCGAUCAUCAGGCGUGAAUUAGUUUCAAUUCGAUAGAUUGCGUAUACGCCCGGUGGUACUGGUAGUACUGGUGUGCCAAAGGCGGCGUCGGUGUAAACGGUGAGCGGUUAACGGUCAACUCGGUGACCCCCCCGAAGCGUGCGAAACGAAACGAAUCAUAAAGUGAUAUACAAAAAAAUAUUUAAAAAAUAAACCAUCGGCCUACCACAACAACACGGGAGCAAGGAUCAUAUCAAUACAAGCUAACCACAAACAUUUCCUAGUAUUAGCGAAGGAUAUCUACAAUAUACACACAAAAGAUUAUAUGGAUUUAUAUACACAAGGCCUCGAAGGAAACAUAUUAUUUAUGGAAAUCCAAGAAACAGGAAGCAGAUCGGAGAUCGGCACGGCCUCGAAUGCCAAGUAGAUGGCAGCUAUGUCAGGAUAACACAUUGAGGACAUGAACAUGGACACGGCUCCUCUAUUUGUCUAGUGGGCAAAUACCAGAGAACCGGGAAUCAGGCCACUAACACACACACACAGUACGAAGACAGAGGCCAGCAAGGACAUCCUUUAUUGUGCGAGUGUGUGUGUGUGUGUGUGCGUCAAGGACGCCGUCACUAGUCUCUAGUUGUGCCAUACAGAGAAAGUGGGCGUGGGACGUUGGGCGCCGCUUAUUAAAUAUACAUCAGUCAAGUCAAACGCCAGGAACCUAAUUUCUUCAACUUGUCCCCAGGAAGAGAGCAACAACAGGACACUCCCCCACCUCUCCAUACUCUGAUAUAUCCUUCAGGAAAAUGGCGCGUCGCAAGGGCAGCGGUCGAGGCAAAUCUACUGUAAAUUCACGUAAAAGUGCUUUGGAAACGGCACGUGAAAAACUGAAAGAUGAACCGCCAGCGGAUACGUCACAGGAUAAUCAAUUUGAUAAUAAUAUGGAAAAUGCAACAACCACAACGGCCAAGCAUUACAAGACCACAGGAAAACAGUACAAGACCAAUAAGGUGAACAGCACGCGACGUGCCACAGCGGCAGCAGCAGCAGCAGCGGCAGCAUCAGCAGCAGCAACAGCAGCCACCAGUACGCCGGCAACCAAGAAGCAGACAUAUCGGGAAACUGCAACCACAACCACUCAGAGAACAGCCACUAGCAAGGCUAACAGAGCAGCUAGCACAGCCACAGUUGCCACAGAGGCAGCAACAGUAGCAGCAGCAACACCAUCAGCAGUAGCAGCAACAGUUGCCGAUGUUGCAUGUAGCAAGCCCAGUACCAGCACCCGCGAUAAGCUGAGCGAAUUGCCACUACCAGCUGCCGACAACACAAAAAACAACAACAACAACAAUAAUAAUAAUAACAACAAAAAUCAUAAUAAUAAUAAUAACAACAACAACCACCACAGUGAUAAUAGUAUUAGUGAGAAUAAUUAUGAGUUUAAGAGUUGUAGAGAUAAAGCAAGUCUAAGUGAUAGCAAAAUGACGCUACAGCAGAUGGCAGCCGUCAGCAGCAACAAGGAGCCAGUGGCUCCAAAUAGCAGCAGCAGCCACACCACCACCGCAGCAGCGGCAGCAGCAGCAGCAGUAACUGCCACGCCCACCGAUGAAGCCGCCUUCGGAGAGUGCUCAAACAUAUCGCGAUAUUUGCACAAGAAAUUCAAGCGACUGGCCAGCACCACCGAGGUGGAGAACGCCAACGGUAAUGGCACUCUGUCUGGGGAUGCCGGCCGCACCACAUCGCUGUCCUCAAAUAGCUCACUUUCGCCUCCGCCACCGCCACCGACAAUGGUCGCCAAUGGUCAUCACUUGACCCAACAGCCGUCGGCUGCGCAGCCAGUGCCGCUGUCGACGCAGCAACAUGACUUUAGUGCCAACUUUGUAAAUAGCAAUCAUGUCAAUGCCAUCGGCCAGGCGGAGGAGAGCCAGAAGCCAGUGCCCAGAACGCGAACGCCGCUAACCAACAGCAACAGUAACAGCAAUAGCAACAGCAACUAUGCGGCAAAUGCCACACUGUCGCCGGCAACAUUCGCUCAGCACCAGCAGUUGACGCAGCCAACGGCACCGGCUGGCGGAGGAGGAGUGCCAGGUGGAGGAGGAGGCGGUACUCCCGCUGGUGAGAAGGCCGGACGUUAUGUCUGUCCGUAUUGUAGUUUGAUUUGUGCCAAGCCCUCGGUGCUGGAGAAGCACAUUAGGGCCCAUACCAACGAGCGACCUUAUCCCUGCGAUCCCUGCGGCAUUGCCUUCAAAACAAAGAGCAACCUCUACAAGCACUGCCGCUCCAGGUCGCAUGCGGCCAGAGCCAGGGGCUUGGAGGUGCCGCCAGAUGCGGAUGAUGGUCUGUCCGACCAGGAUGCCGAGCUGAGCAAUAGUAGUUCCGAGUUGCCAAGUCGCGCUGGAUCGCCAUAUGACGAGCCCAUGAGCUCACCCACACCCUCACCCUCCACACUGUCGGCGGCGAAGAGCGCCUACAUCCAGCAGCCGUCACUCCCGCAGCACAUGCAACAACUGCCGCUGGGUUCCCCGGCCGCGGGGACACUACCGCCCGCCACGGCGGACAACCUGCACUCGGCCACUGCCCAGCACCGCCAGUCGGUUGACUACAAGCCAUACAAACCCAAGUUCCACAAUGCCUCGCUGUACGCUCCCGGGAGCAGCAAGGAUCAGCAGCAGUUGCACUUGGUGCAGCAGCAGCAGCAACAACAACAGCAACAGCAGCUGGUCCAACAGAAGCUGUUGACGCAACUGCCGCUGGUGCAGCAGCCAUCGCUGACACAUCCCACGCUCUCGCCCAGCACCCAGAUGAAGAUGAAGAACCACAUCAACUCCCACCAGAUGCAGUUGCAGCUGCAGCAGCAGUUGCACGCUCAGCAAUCGCUGCUGGUCGGCCUGCCGCCGGUUCCCCCAGCCGGGGUCUACUAUCUGGGCCAGCCACCCUACUAUAAUCAGGAUCCCACCGCGGCUGCGAUCCAUCAGCAGCUAGUCAUCCAGCAACUGCAACUGCAGCAGCACAUCCACCUGGCACAGCAGCAGCAGCAACAGCAACAGCAGCAGCAACACUCGCCGCUGGUUAAGGCUCCUCCGCCAAUGGUACAGCCACCCAGUGUCGCCCCUCAGCAGCUGGUGCGGACCAACAGUCAGGUUUCCAACGUAACCCCAGCACCAGCCACACCCUCGCCCGCCACAAACCUGAGCAGCUUUGCCAGCUCCAGCGGGGGCAUGCAAGUGAAUGUGGCCAAAGUUCAGGAGCACAUAUCGAAGCUGAUCUCGCACAACGAGGCCAUUGUGGAGAACAAAGACAUACUGCUGCAGAAGAAGUAUCCCAAGCAGCUCAACCGAUCCCGCAGCUUCAACAACGCCAACGCCAAUAGUGCGUCACAACACGCCGGAAAUCCAACCACCCAGCUGGCGAGCAGCAAUCACAUCAGUGCCCAGAUGCCGGAGCGGGAGGCCAAAGUCAACCUGGCCCAGGCCAUAGUCCAGAAGCAGCAACAGCAACAGCAACAGCAACUGCAGCAACAACAGCAGCAGCAGCAACUGCAGCAACAGGAGGAGCAUCUGCAGCAACAGAGACAGUAUCAGAUGUACUUGCAACACCAGGAGCAGCAACAACAGCAACAGCAGCUGGAACCUCCUAAUGGGUUGGUCAAGAGGAACAAUUACAAGCCAGCUCCGUCGAUUGCCACGCCAGUGAAGCAGCAGCCCCAUCUGCCACCUCCGCCCUCACCCCUGCCCAUGCAAACGAUGCAGUAUCGUCAGGAUCCCGCCACUCCGGUGGCCAAGAUGGACCAACAGGCGAUGGGUGGGCAUGUGAUGCCCUUGAACCUGUCUGCGAAACCAAAGCCCGCUGUAGUUAGCCUGCCGGUCAGUUCCAUAGCCACCAGUACGGCGGCACCGACGCCCACGAGCUCCACGGCUCCGGCGGCCAGCGGCUCGAAAACUGCCCCACCCACUGCCCAGCCGAACAACUCAAUCAUCAAGAACCUGCUGCUGAACGCCCGAGGACUGGCCGUGCCCAUUGGAGAGGGUGACGACGCCGUCUACUCGUGUCCCAUAUGCGCCAAUGAGUUCCGCAGUGCGGACGAGCUGAAGCAGCACAACAGCACCUAUUGCCAGGAUGCGAGCUCCAGUGCGCCGAUGAGUCCGGCCUCCUCGCCCUUCCGCUCCAACUCGAUCUCGCUCAGCCUGCCGGAACUGAAGAACCACAUCGUCAACUCCAAGAACCCCCUGUCGCUGGCCAAGCUGGCCUGGUGUCAGCUGAAGACCAAGAGAAGCUGCCUAGUCCUCAAUCGCCUGAAUGCAGCCCAGACCCACGCGAGGACAUCCACGGUGACAGCUCCGACAGCCACUCCUCCGGCAACUGUUCCUGCUGCUGCUAGCUCCUCCAGUGUGGCUCCUUCUCCUUCAAGUGCUCCAGCAGCUCAGCCCAUAGUAGCUCCCACAGCCAUCGAGGCUCUGCGCUUUGUGGAUGCCCCACUGCCGUCGCCAGGACCGCUCCUUGGAAAAACCCCACUGGUUGACUAUGCCCAGCAGAACACGCCCCGCAAGGCCCAGGACUCCGUUGUGAUUACGAAAAUGCACGAGGAUCGGCAGUUCCCCGUGGACAUGGACGCUCAGCCGGCCAAGCGAGUCAAGACCAGCGAUGUCGUGAUCGUUCCCUCCCAGACUCAGCCUCAGGUCUUCACCUUUCCGUUCAGCAGUGUUUCCGAACCGCAAUCCAGCAAGGAGGAGCGUCUGCGGAGACUGACUUCCUCUGGAGGCACCAUGAUUCCCAUAUCGGAGUGCCCCGAGCUGGAGAAGAGUCCCAGGGUGAUACGCACAUCGCUGCUGUCGGGUGGAAGCUUCCUGGAAGUCGGAAGCGCCUCCAAGGUCAGCGAGCCUGGAUCGGCCAAGGACCGAAAGCUACUACCGUUGCCCGGAGGCCUCUCCACGGGCGCCCAGCACUUUCAGUUCCCGCCCAUCAACUCUAUCACUGCCUUCAACCCCCUGACUCUGCCGCAGAUGGGUGGUGGCGACAAGGCUACUCCAAGCACACCGAUACCCUACGUGCCUGGAAUCCCAGGACCUGGUAGCCUAACGCCUCAGUUGCCUCUGCUCCCGCCGCCGCCGCAACAGUUGCAGUUGCCAGUGCCCACUGGCCGGGGACGCAGUCCCAACCGGAAGCAGCCCAGCCCGCUCUUGAUGGCCGGCGCAGCUGCUGGCGAACUGAAGGCGCUGUCUCCGUUCGGCGGAGUCCAGAAUCUGCCCAGUGAGUUCAGCCGCCUGCCGCCCACUCCCGCCCAGCGCCAGGCCCUCCAAUGGAACAGCAAGGAGGCCAACAAGAAGGCUCCGUUCAACUUCCUGCGAAUGGCCGACAACGUAAAGGUCGCCGAGCCGGAGGUUCGCCACUUCAACCUGGACAACGUGAUUGCCGGCAAGCAGCAGCAGGAGGUGCCUCUAACGCCCCUGCACGUGGACACGCCCAAUGGAGUGGCCAGCGAGGAGGCCAAUGCCCCGUCCGCCUCCAGUUCCUCCGCCAAGUCGAAGUUCCUACGACCCACUAGUCUGCCUCUUAAGCCGGGAACCUUUACCCCGAAACGCCAUCACGGAAUCACUCCCACGGCCAACACCCUGCCCCUCAUCUCGCCCGAGACCCCGAGGCCAUCCAAGUCCUGCGUGCAGCUGUAUCUGAAUGGGCACGCCUACACCUACCUGGGCCUGAAGUGCAGCACCAAGAUGUUCUACUGCACGGUGAACUGCCCGCAGCCCUCGUACGUGGCCGGCAUGCACAAGCUGUCGAUGUACAGCGUGUGGCAGGUGUGCGAGGAGAACCAGCCGCAUCCUCUGGGCUUCAAGCUGAAGCAGGUGAUGGCCCUAUACGACUCCCGCCAGAGGAUGUUGGGCAACGUGAGCACCACUGCGAUGGCUGGAACUGGGAAACUGAGCUACGGCCUGGUCUCGUCCCAGCAGAUCGUGUGCUCGCCCUCGACGAAUGCCAGCAGCAGUGCCUUCUACCAGGCCCAGCAGAAGUCGGCGCCCGCCGUCCAGGUGGCCGCACUCAGCGAGGCGAACGUGGCGGCCAAGGCGGCUAACGAUGAGGCGCAGGCCAAGAAGCUGGAGACCAGCCCCUCCGGCCAGCCGCUGGUGGGCGGAUACGAGUCGCACGAGGACUACACCUACAUCCGGGGACGCGGACGUGGCAGGUAUGUCUGCUCCGAGUGCGGCAUUCGCUGCAAAAAGCCUUCCAUGUUGAAGAAACACAUUCGUACUCAUACGGAUGUGAGGCCUUUUACAUGCAGCAACUGCAAUUUCAGCUUCAAGACCAAGGGUAACCUGACCAAGCACAUGCAGUCCAAGACGCACUUCAAGAAGUGCAUGGAACUGGGCAUCAAUCCAGGACCCAUGCCCGCCGAUGGCGAGUUCCUGGACGUGGACAUGGACUUUGAUCAGCAGUCGUCCACUUCGGCCGGAGGUCGCACCUCCUCGAUGGCCGGGGAGUCCGAUUCCGAUGACUUCACCGACAACGAAUCGGAAAGUAGUGACACGGAUGAGUCGAAAUCGCGCCUGAAGGAGCACGAGGCAGCCAGAUGCCUGCUGUCGCUCUCCAUGACGCCGCCCAUUCCGCAAAGUGUCUCUCCUUAUCCGCAACUGCAGGAUACCCCUGUUCCGGCCGCCAGUCCGGCCAACAGUAUUGGAUCUUCGGGAUCGCUGCCGAAGCGAUUGGUGUGCUCCUUCACCUCCCCGAAGCCUCCCUUUGACUAUCAGAAGCAGGAACAGUAUUACUCCAAUCCGGAGGAGUCCAAGCCGAAGCGAAGCGUGGCCAGCGAGGAGAGCGCUCCCAUGGAUCUCACCAAGCCGCGUAGCUCCGCGUCGGCCAUCUCGCCCCUGCCGCUGGUGCCGCCAGUGCAGGAUUUGCCCAAGUCGCAGGCCCAGCAGAUGCGUGAAGUAAUCUUCGGCAGCUCGGGCAACGAGAGCGGCUUCAUGAAGACCCUGAUUUCGGUGUCGGACAAGGUGCGCAUCUCGGCCGAGAUGGAGGAGCAGGCCAAGCUGGGGGCUGAGGGCGAGGACGUUCUGCUGCAGACGUACAUCAAGGAGCAGGCGCUCCACCACGCCAAGAUGAAGCAGAGCCAGUUCAGCCGCAGCUACUUGAUCAACACCCUGUUCUCCACGGCGGCGCCGGUGAUGAGCAGCAGUGCCAACCUACUGACCACCACCAGCAGGCCAGUCAUGAGCAUCAACGAGGUGCCCAGCAUCGAAGUGCACGAGGUGAAGACGCCGGACGAGGUGCCCGCUGUAGCUCCUGCUAUUCCGGCUCCAGCCUCAGCCCCUCCCACCUCAACGAUCACUCCCGUGUCCCUCGCUUCUCAAGAGGAAGGCGAGGAGAGCGACCACGAGAAGUCCAAGGUGGAGCGUCACAAUGCAAACCUGCCCGCCGCAGUGCAACAGCCGGAUGUCAAUGAUUUCAGCGGAGUACUCAGCGGCCCAUCCUUGGCCACAUCAGCACCUCCAGCCUCCGUGGCUACGUCCACUCCAGCACCUGUGGCCACCUCCAGCACAGCCACCACUCCCAGCGUGUCGUCUCAGCCCACGCAGCGCACUGUAAUUGUGGGCGAGGAUGGAUUCAAGAACUCCACGCCCAGCAGCAAGAGCAGCGACCUCCAGGCGGGUCCCUAUGCCCGCGGAAUGCCACCCGCUCCUCCGCCAAUCGCAGCCGACGCCCGGCCCACUUGCACCAUCUGCUCGAAGACGUUCCAGCGGCAGCACCAGCUCACCCUCCACAUGAACAUCCACUACAUGGAGCGCAAGUUCAAGUGCGAGCCGUGCAGCAUCUCCUUCCGCACCCAGGGCCAUCUGCAGAAGCACGAGCGGUCCGAGGCGCACAAGAACAAGGUGAUGAUGACCUCGACAUUCGGAGUACCCACCACCUCCAAUCCGCGUCCUUUCGAGUGCACCGACUGCAAGAUCGCCUUCCGCAUCCACGGGCAUCUGGCCAAGCAUCUGCGCUCCAAGACCCAUGUCCAGAAGCUGGAGUGCCUGCAGAAGUUGCCAUUCGGAACCUAUGCGGAGAUCGAACGGGCUGGCAUCAGUCUCACCGAGAUCGACACCAGCGACUGCGAAAACUCGCUGAUUUCCUUGAAGCUACUGGCCCAGAAGCUGCUGGAGAAGGAUCCCAACAAGCUGAGUGGCUACACCACCCCCUCGGGAAUGAUGCAGCUGGCCCAGGACGGCACUGGCCCCACCUCGCAGGAUAGUGCCUCCGAGGAUGGCUUCAGUGCGGCCAUAGCCUCGGCCAUUGCAUCCCUGGACAACGACAGUGCUGGAAACACACCGAAGCGUGCCAGCUCCAUGUCCGAGGACGAGACAGUGACUAAUGGCCUGAACCACAAUCUGAAGCGACGCUUGCCGGGAAGCUUCAGCAGUACCGGCGAGGAGAGCGAUAAUCCGGCAGAGGGCACUGGCGAGAAGAGGGCGCGAUCCGGACAAGAGUUGCCGGUUCCGGUGCCUGUGGCUGUUCCGGUGGCCGCCUCAGCGGCAGCCAGCAACUGACAGUACAUGUACAUGCUCCAGCCCAGCUGAGGGUAUCAGUUCCCAGCCCUGCCAACAAGCCGAGGAGCGACCAAACCACCUCCAACGAGCGCAUAUCAAAUGUCUAAGCAUAUCGCAUUUGGGCACACACACAACUUACUCUAGAGCUAGCCACUAAGAACCACCUCUCAUCGAUUAAAAACUGGGCUAAUCGCGGAUUCUAAUCAGACGAUAGGAGAGCCCGAUAAGCGAGCUAUUCCAGUGUAGAACCUUUUUUGGGGGAACAGAUCCCCCACCAUCCCCAUAGCAGAAUCGAUCUUUCGAUCUGCAUCUUAAGUAUUUAGUCUAAGGAGUCGUCAUCAGAUCGGAUCCGAUAGUAGCUGUAGGCUGAUAUGUAGGCAUUAACUCCUGAAGUGCUGUGAGUCUAUCUACAAAAUGUAAAAAGCCAGAGAGAAAGAGAGAGAUCGGAGAAGUGUAUAAUUUAUAAGGCCAAGCCCCGUAAACCACACCACUCCUCACCACUCACUGAGUAUAUUAGUUUUCCAAGUCGAUCCAAUCCGAAAUCAAAUCCUCGGCAAAUCACGUAGUUCUUCCUUAUUUCAAAUUGUUAUCACACCUAAGCCUCCCGGCCCGCCUUCUCGGGUGAAUGGGUCAUACGAUAUCUAUAAUGUAUAUAACAUUGUAUACCCCUAUAGUUUUGUUUUAAUUUUUUAGAACGACGAGACCACGAGACUCAUUUAAUUGUUUGUUUUAAUUUUGUAUUUGGCAGAAGCGAAACGAAAUGAUGAAGAAUAGCUAAGUGUAAAUAAUCAAUAUGUUGUCAUAUAUGCAUUAAGCGGUAGGUUAGAAACAAAAAACUAAACUAAACAAAAAAAUAUUAAAAAAUAAAAACUACACAAAGUUGAUAGAAAUAAUUGAAAAUUAUUGUACAAACUGCUGUGGCAAGAGUCAUGGCAAAGUAUAUAUAUAUAUAUAUACACAUAGAUAUAUUAUCUACAUAUAUAUAUUUGAAUGUAUGCAUGUGGUUAAACAACAAAAAAUGAAGUGAUCUAUUACAUUAUUGUAAAAUAUAUCAGAAAACUGAAAUAAAAAAAAAAAACAACACAAAACAAACAUGAAAACUUAUACAAAAAAAUG